AUGAAAUCUUCUACAAUAUCUGACACAACGACGACACUAACUCAAUCAUCAACAACAUUAACAGAAACGAUAUCUCUGACACCAAAGCCAUGUCGAAUACAGAAGGUGUCGUAUUUAUUUAUUGAUGAUGUUCAUGAUAUUCUUUAUGUUGCUGAUACGAAUAAUAAUCGUAUACAAAAAUACUUCUUAUAUCAAAUCGAUCAUUCGACAGGACUUUCUACUGGAAUUAAUGUCGCUAGAAAAAAUCUUCUUUUACCACAUUGUAUUUUUAUUGAUACUCGUACAGAGGAAAUGUACAUUUUGGAUUUCGAAUUAAGAGACCAUGCUUCUUAUCGUGUUCAUUCGUGA